AUGUAUCAGAUUAUGUUUGCAGAAAAAUAUUUGAAACAUCUAAAGGGCUGUAUUUGGGUCUGCACUUCUGUGUAUCAGAUGUACUUGGUCCACCUCUCUUGUAAAGGCUUGCCAAAGAGAAAACUUCAGACACAAGGCCAAUUCUCUUGGUGUUUCCUUGGUGGUGUGGGCAGUCGGCGUGCACCGCAUCUCUAUCUCGGCUCUUUCUGGAAGCUUACGUCCUCCCCACAACUUCCAGCGUUCUUCUCGGACAUGGGUUCACUGACCACCGCCAUGUGUAAUCCUGCUCACCUGGUAAAAGUUCUCUUCUUUGUUACACUCCUGAUGACUCUGGUCACUCUACUUACCCUGGUCUGGAAACUAACCGAAAACAGAAGCAAGAGAAAUAGAGAGCCACCCCCAAGAAAGGUGGCAACGCGGCUGGCAUAAAGACCUCGACCUCUUGGUGGGGACUCCAUCGAGGUAAAGACCCGGCGGUACAAGAGGCAGGGCCCCUAGAGCUGUCUCAGAGCCCAGAGCCGCUUUCUCCCCCUAUUCCUCCACUGCCUGAUGUCCCCCGGGCCUCAUUGCCGUCCU